UUUACAAACAUUAAAAUACGUGUCGUGUAUGACGCCUACAUGCAGUGUAUAUGAUACAAACAACUGAACUUCUGAAGACAUGACAGUGCUGAUCAAGUGACAGAGGUGAAAAUUAUCCAAGGCCUAAUGAGAAGGGAGUAUCUCGGAUCAGAUGAGGGCAUUGUCAAACUUCUUGUUACGCAGCUAAGUCUCAAUACUUCAGAUUCAACUGUCUUUAACAAAACAAAUGCCUUUAUGCUUUAAGAGUAUGAUUGAUUUAUGGUAAUCUGUAAGAUAGUGAAAACAUUUCCUGAAUUGAUUGAAUGUUUGGAGGACACUUGGCUUUGAGCCACGACGCACAGGAAAUUAAGUGAAACAAAGAAACUUAAAAUCAUGGAGCAAGAUUUGAUCAAAGGGUUUGCUGACCUAGCUGAGAAGAAACUUCACCAAGUACCUGAGAUAACGCUCCUCAACCUUGUGUCAUGGGGAGCGUCCGCAGCCAUGAUCUUUGGUGGAAUUGUUCCUUUCAUCCCACAAUACUUGGACAUCAGUCGUUCAGAGAACACAGAGGGAUUCUCAACGCACGUCUGCCUUGUUCUACUUAUUGCUAACACACUCAGGAUCUUGUUCUGGUUUGGUCAUCCUUUUGAGCUUCCACUGCUAGCCCAGAGUGUUAUCAUGAUCUUUACUAUGAUGGUUGUAUUACAACUAUGCACCAGAAUAAAGGCUCUCCAGGAUCUAUCCUCAGUCAAGAGAUAUGUCACAGAUGUAGAUUCUAAAGCGUGUUCAGACCCCCAUCCUAUGAUCCAUGGGGAAGGGCGGGUGCGUCAUGCCAGCGUGGGAACACACCCUACAAGCAGGGAUGAUAGACAGGUGCUUCGUCAGGUUGAAAGCAGAACAAUAUUCGAUCUUGACUGGCGUUACUUCUGGAAGUGGACUCGUUUUAUUGACUAUGUGGUGUUUAUGGUGAUGUUCUGUGUAGCUGGAGGUGUCCUGACAUACUUCCUGUCAUCCUUCAGCGCGUAUGUUGAGACGUUAGGUUUCCUAGCUGUGUUCACUGAAGCCAUGUUGGGAUCACCGCAGUUCUAUCACAACUUUAGGAACAAGUCUACACAGGGAAUGAGUGUUAAGAUGGUGAUGUGCUGGUUAUCUGGUGAUCUAUUCAAGACGGGUUACUUCUUUGUGAACGAUGCUCCCACCCAGUUCUGGAUAUGUGGUAUACUACAAGUCUCUAUAGAUAUAGCUAUCCUAACACAGGUUGUUUUCUAUGGAGCUAGACCGCCUAUUAAGCUAGCCAAGGUCGCUGCACCAGCAGACCAUAUAUCAUGA